AUGACUUCCUCACCACCACAUAUUCCAGUCGACAUUAUUCAACAUAUUCUCGCGAAUCUUAGCAUUAAAGAAAUCUAUAUACUACGACGGGUCAAUCGAGAAUGGUACUCGAUUUUCGAACAUGCAUUAAUGGAACACAUGAUCACGCAUAAUUCACAAAUAUUAGUUCGCGUUGGACCAAAACCGACAGCUUCGCUUUCAUUGGCGCUCGAUUGUGUAGAGUAUUGUCCCAAGACCGGUGUUUACACAUUUAGGCCUGUUAUUGAGGAUGGAGAAGACGGGAAGGGAAAAGAAUCUCGACUUAUCUGUGAUCGUCAUAAUUUGAGACAAGUAAAGAUUCUAUUUGGAGAGUGGAUUGAUCCGAUAAUAACCGAAUUAAACGCACGUAAUCUUGGACCUUUAGGAGCAGAUUCACCCGCAGCUCAGGCGCUUACUCUCUAUGCAAAUAUCAAGUUUCAUAGUGAUUAUAUUGAAGCUGUAUCAAAAGAGUAUCAUGUGGAAGGAGGUUGUGCAUCGCUCAUUUCAUCAACAUCUUAUAUAGGUGAUAAUGAUCUGAUAUGCAAAAUCAAUUUAGAAUCUCUUAAAGAUGACGAGUCAAAUAAUCUAGUGUCAUUUGAUGUUGAUUAUGUUAAAGUACGAUCGUCAUGGAUUUUCUCUGGUCUCUCCACUCAUUCCCCAAUGCCAUCUUAUAAGAUAUAUGAAUCACGAUAUUUACUUCUUGACCAACUAUUAGGACAAGAACACGGCUACAAUCGAUACUCGUCACGCGUAUUAGAAUGGAUUACAUCGGACGCCGAUGUCGAUGAUGAACUGACGCAUAAAUUAAUUGAACAUCUAAGAGCGACUGAUGGCGAUUUUAAUACUGGUGCCUUACUUGCACGUGCUUUAGAGGAAAAAGGUGUCUCUCAAAAUCAUAUGUGGAAGUUUGGCUUUGUUAAAAGAUAUUUGUCGAAUCCAGAGAGUUCAUCGGAGACUUUCGAUCAAAUUGUAGAGAAAGUUGUUCUUACCGAAAAGAGCAACAACAACAACAGCUUUAAGGGUAAAAAUAGUGUAAAUAGUGAAUCUAGAUUUUUUAGAUGGAAUUUUGGGAGAUUUCCUUAG